AUGUCGGUCUAUGCUUUCUUCAUCUUCGACCGCCACACGGAAUGCAUCUACACCAAACGCUGGGCCCCGGUGCCGCCGCCGCAACAGCCUCCUACGACCAACGGCUAUGCUCGAGGCGCUACUGAUGCCUCCAUCCUGGCCCGAAAGGCGCUCAAGGCGGAGGAUGAUGCAAAGCUGAUCUUCGGCACCGUCUUCUCCCUGCGCCGCAUGGUGCGCCAACUCGGCGGCGAAGACGACCAGUUCUUGUCCUAUCGCACCGCCGAAUACAAGCUGCACUACUUUGAGACGCCCACGCAGCUGAAGUUCCUCAUGCUCACCGACACUCGUGUCGGCAACAUGCGCACCGCGCUGCACCAGAUCUGGGCCACGCUGUACGUGGAGUACGUGGUGAAGAGCCCGCUGUCUCCUGCCGAGCAUCCAAAGGGCGUGGGAGUGGCGAAUGAGCUGUUUGAUGGAGGUCUGGAGAGCUUCAUUGCUUCCCUUUUCGCGCCGCAAUGA